CCUCCUCCUCCUGUUCUUCUGGCUCCGGGAUUCCUGAAGUUAAUAGGAGAAAUAAGGUAGCCAAGGGGACCACAUGGAAGUUGUGACAGCUCCCAGCCGCGCACCCCUUUCGUUUGAGCCAUUACCUCGCCUUAGGAAUUGCCACUGACACGUUGAAUGAAGGAGGUCUCCCUGCCAGCCAACCUGCCGGGAUGGGCCACUGCUGCUGCAAGCCUUAUAUCUGCCUUCAGUGCCUGGACAAGACGAAUGAAAGUGCCCUUGUGAAAGAAAAAGAGCUGUCAAUCGAACUUGCCAACAUCAGGGAUGAAGUUGCCUUCAACACAGCCAGGUGUGAGAAACUACAGAAGGAGAAGGAAGAGCUGGAGAGGCGGUUUGAGGACGAGGUGAGGAAGCUGGGCUGGCAGCAGCAGGCCGAGCUCCAGGACCUACAGGGGCGGCUGCAGCUGCAGUUCCAGGCGGAGAUGACGCGCCUUCAGGAGGAGCACAGCGCCCAGCUGCUGCGGAUCCGGUGUCAGCACCAAGAGCAGGUAGAAGAUAUCACCGCCAGCCACGAGGCUGCUCUCCUAGAGAUGGAAAAUAACCACACGGUGGCCAUCGCGAUCCUGCAGGAUGACCACGACCACAAAGUCCAAGAAUUGAUGUCUACCCAUGAGCUUGAAAAGAAAGAAUUAGAAGACAGUUUUGAAAAGCUGCGGCUGUCAUUACAGGACCAGGUGGACACGCUGACCUUCCAGAGCCAGUCUCUGCGGGACCGAGCCAGACGCUUCGAGGAGGCUUUGCAGAAAAACACUGAAGAGCAGCUGGAGGUUGCACUGGCUCCCUAUCAGCACUUGGAAGAAGACAUGAAGAGUUUGAAGCAGGUGUUAGAGAUGAAGAAUCAGCAAAUACAUCAGCAGGAAAAGAAGAUUAUUGAGCUGGAAAAGCUGGCGGAAAAGAACAUUAUCCUGGAGGAGAAAAUCCAAGUUCUCCAGCAGCAGAACGAAGAUCUCAGAGCAAGGAUUGACCAGAAUACUGUUGUCACGAGACAGCUGUCGGAGGAGAACGCCAACCUGCAGGAGUACGCCGAGAAGGAGGCCCAGGAGAAGAAGAGGCUGAGCCGCACCAAUGAAGAGUUGCUCUGGAAGCUCCAAACUGGGGACCCAACCAGCCCAAUUAAACUCACCCCCACUUCCCCUGUUUACCGAGGCUCCUCCUCCGGACCCUCCUCACCCGCCAAAGUGGUCACCACGCCCAGAUGACAACGCCACGCGGCCCUCGGAGCUGCGGCCCCUCACGCACCCCGCGCUUCCACCUGGAGGGAGUCUGGACCGCGGCCAGCCCCGCGCAUGCUCAGGAGCUGCACAGCGGCGCCCUCCCCGGGUCCACUGCUCUUCCCCUGCGUUGGCACUGAGGGAAGUGUUCGAGGUCGUGUCUGAUGUGCAAACGUUGGACCGUAGUUAGAGCCAAAAGAAAGAAAUGCCAGUUGUUUUUGAGCAAUGAAUUUUCACUGCAGAAUUUCAGGUUAGUGACAGAUAGUUCAGUUUGGAAUCUAUACUGAAUAAUCAUUGUGUGCUGCACCGAUGUGUGUAGAUAUGUCAAUGAACGUAUCUGCACACGCGGUGGUUCUAAAUUGCAUUUUUUAUAACAUGAAGUGCUGACAUAUUUUGGUGAAGGUCAGCAGUUUUCUAACUUGUGCCUAAGAAUACUUGGGAAAUGAAAAUGCAUUUCUAUCUAGCUUCCCAGGAAUAUUUCUACCCAAAAUAGAAAAGAAAAAAAAAAAGAUACUGAGAAGAAGCGCCUUUCGACCUGCCACCAAGUGGUACUGUAUCUAACACAAACACCAGCGACUUGUGAACGGUAACUGCCUUUGGAACAAUCAGCUUCUUAGUCAACAUGAUCUGAAGUCACCAUUACUCCAUUCGCAGGCUUUAAUGAUCAAGGCUCCUGUGGUGAGCGGCUAAGGGAGCGCAGUGGGAAACCCUGCGGGGUUUAGCAGCUUUUUGGAUGUUUCGACAUGACAGUGAAUCAUCUAUAGUCUUGUAAACACAAGUUUUGCUUUUUUCCUAAACGACAUCCUGGAAUCUGUCCUUCAGCUAUUGCUCCCUCGGGGGAAAUAUGGGAGAGCAAGCCCUUCUGGAGGGAGGGUGAGGAUGACCUUGGAGUUGACCAAGACCAUUCGCCCUGCGGCCUCAAGAGGAAAACUGCUGACAGGAUCUGUGCCCUGACUGAGCCCAGAGCAGGGACGCUCUGGCAUUCUAGGUGGUUUGCUCUGAUCUGAUGCUGCAAGUGGCCAACCCACCGAUAUGACCCUCAGGCCCCCAUUCAUAGCAACCUCCCCUUCAGUUUGGUUCAGUAACUCAGUCCCAUCACUGUGCAUUGAGAUGGCUCAGGGGUUCUAGCAGGGGCUUCCAGAAAACCAGUUCUUCCGUCCUGGGGGAGCAAUUCUACGCUGAGCUAGACCAUCCCUUGACCCUCCAGGAACCCAGGUGUAUUUUCUGUAGGAUCAUCGAGCAAUGCCACAGCUGACAGUGCUCCAUCUUAGACCCAAAAGGUCCUUCCACACAGAGGAGCCCACUGAAACUCCAGCCAGUGGUCACUGGCUACUGGACUGGCAUCUGUCUCUGAAAUGGUAGAAUUAGAGCGUGAGAGGUGUUCCUGUAGUGCUGUGGAAGGUUAGGAGCAUGACACCCAAUGGGGAAGUAGUUUUAACAAUUGAUAUGAUGAUAAUGAUGCCUUUGUUUCCUGUUUGUGACAGAGACCCUGUACUUCCCUCCCUAAGGCCCCUGGAAAUUGUCCUGAGCACAGGGCAGUCUUUGAGUAUGACCAAGGCAAGUGGACUCAGGCAGGGACAUCUGUGGUGGGGAAGAGACGGCCCACAGAAGGAAGGGGUCGGCUUGCCCAAAGGCCUGCCUGCUUCGCUCACAUGAAGACAGACCUGGUCUGUGUUCCCUGCCUGAGUCACGGUUGGGCUUCUGCUUAAGUUCCAUCUUGUUUCUAGCAAACCUCCAAUAGUAUCCGCCCAUCCCGGGGACAUACACAGUAGAUGCCCAUCAAAGAAACAUUUCUCCUCUCAUGGCUCUGCAUGAUGCUGAGAUAUUGAGUCGGGCAUUCCAUUAGAGUAGAUUAUGCCACGUUCACAAAGUACACAGUUAUGUCUUCUUUUAGCGGCACCACCUCCAAACACAGUUUCAGCGGUAGCUCAGCUCUCCAAAUUAGGAACUGCGUCCAUAGGGACACCUGCUAAAUGCAGUUACACAGCAAUACCGACUCCAGUGUUCUGUUAGGAUGUGCUACAGCGUGUUAGCCUAUUGUGGCCAAGGCGUGGUGAUGUUAGCACUAAAUAAUCCCUCACCAGGUGGACUGGAGCUCUGCCCUGACCAGCCCUCACCUUGGGCACUUGAGCUAAUUCCUACGUUGCCCUGGCCUCGUCCUUCACCGUGGACUCCCGUCACCUCUGGCCGUUAUCCUGGAACUGUGCUCCCUUCUGCCACUCCGCACGCUAUUAGGACUUGGACCUCUCAACAUGGAAGUCCUGGCAUCACGUCCCAGGCCCGAGCUGUUUCCACUUACAGAUGCCGCAGCUCCGCCGCCUCAGACAAACCCAUCAGACCUCAUCGACCUUUUCUUGGCAUUUGGGAGCUGAGUGUGUGCCCUUCCCCACUGCCGGGCCCCCGAGCCGGGGCAGGAUUCUAGCCGGGUGUCUGAGAGGGGAGGGGUUGAUGGACUGGCACACUGGGUGUGAUUGCUUGAAUGGGGUCACACAUUCCUUACCCAGCCCCUACACUUUCUGUAUGGCAUAUUUGUGUUUGAAGCAUAUUAAAGUUAAUUUGAGGGAGCUCCCGUGACACGCACUUGAUGUAACUCUUGGCCUGACCGGCUCAGGCUUGAGGAAAUUCGGGCUGGAUCCAUAGCAGCCAGGGGGGUGUUUGGCAGGCUGGAUUUUUUUUUUCUGUGUUUUGCCAGGGUCAGCCACUGAGUCUCCAGACCUCUUGCCCUGAUUCAACAGGUUCGAGGCCCCUACACCCAUAUUUGCAGCCCAGGAUCUCCAGGAGCCUGGUCCUGGCUUUCGGGGGGCUCAGUGACUCUGCUCAGCCCGCUGUCUUUAGUAGGCUGGGUGGGCUGGAGUCAGUGGGAAAGGGACACAAAAGAUUGAGUGCAAUUCCUUUACCAUCGAUUUCAAAUUCAGCCCUAGGCAGGGUUAUGAUUCUACCCCCAAUGAAAGUUUGAUGUGUCCUAAAUCCUGCCAGUUCAUGCCUGGAUGGCCAUAGAGCUCUCUCAUGAGCAGCAAGGAGGAGCCCUCCUGGUGUGAUGGUCACAGACAGCAGUUCCUUAUCGCGCACAACGAUCUGUCAGGCUUUCUCAUGCCAACAGGGGACACAGGAGCCUGGACAGCUCGGUGGCUCUUCCUAUAAUACUCUGUGCAGCCAGCACAUUUGUUUCAGCCUGAAAGCACUUGCUCCCCAAUCCUGACCUCUGGUUGGGUUGCGGCCAGCUUGGCCAGCCUGCCCCUGCUUAAGGAUGCAAGGGAGACCCCUAGUUGUCCAGUUCCCUGUGGGGCAUAUAGGAGUGGUAGGGACUUUAGUGAGACUGUAGCAAGUCUGCCGUCCUGAACAGCUGCUGAACAAGAGAGCUUUCGAGGAUGAUAAAUCCCCUUGAGUCACUUCCAGACCUGCAAGGACCACAGAAUCCCCUCUAAGUCACCCAGCUUCCAGGUUAUUGAUAGUGACGACCUAUUUAUUGAUUCACUUGUCAACCUGUCCCAGCCUGUUAGUGUCUUUUGAUGUGUCUUGUGUCCUCCACUUUUAUAAUAACCACUUUCCUUUCCCCCCACACGUGAGGUCUCACCUUUACUGAGCAGGCGGGUGACUCAGCCACUGGCAUGUGCAGGGAGUGACGACGUUAGAGCCGCUUCCUCCUGUCUGCAGAGAACUCUCCCCUCUCACAGCUGAUUUGCAGCAGGCAGAAGAGACCUCUAAAGUCAACCACUUGGUCACCUCCUCUGUGCAAGGAGCCUUGCACAGCCGGCUCUCCCUGCGUGGGACUUGGGUCACUCAUCUCAGCAGGAAGGAGCGAUGCUCAGGUAGAAACCCGGAAGUGGGUACAGGCAUACUGCGGAGAUAUUCGGGUUCAGUUCCAGACUACAAUAAAACAAAUAUUGCAAUAAA